UGGUAUUUGUUUUAUGGGGGAAUGAACUGGCAGCAUCUUUGUUUGAAUUAUAAGGUUGUUUGGGUGCAGUCCCUCUAUUCGCCGACCGGACCGACGAAAGCAGCUUUCUCUCUCUGGUGUUUUUUGGAAAGUAGUUUGCAAUGGGAAGACAACCAUGUUGUGAGAAGGUAGGAUUGAAAAGAGGGCCAUGGACUGUGGACGAAGAUCAGAAGCUUAUGAACUUCAUCCUCAACAACGGCAUACACUGUUGGAGGAUGGUUCCCAAGCUCGCAGGUUUGAUGAGAUGUGGAAAGAGCUGUCGGUUGAGAUGGACUAAUUAUCUACGGCCCGAUCUCAAGAGAGGAGCACUCUCGGAAAUGGAGGAAAAUCAGAUCAUCCAACUUCAUUCACGUCUUGGUAACAGGUGGUCGAAGAUCGCCGCUCAUUUCCCAGGCCGCACCGACAACGAAAUCAAAAACCAUUGGAACACUCGAAUCAAGAAAAGGCUUAAGCUACUUGGGUUGGACCCAGUGACCCACAAGCCCAUCGAUCCACCAGAAAGAUACCAUCCGAAAGAUUCACAGGCUACUCCUUGGGAAGAAGAAGAGAAGAGCCUAGAUGUUGGAUUAUCUGAUAAUCCAUGCCGGGAAGAUUUAUCAAUGGCCAAACAAGAUGGAUUUGAUUUGGGUUUGGAUGACAAUGGCAGUGCCUUCCUUAGCUAUGGGAUGUUGUGGGAGGGCUUGGAUAUGGAAAACAUGAAAAUACAAGGCAAUCCAUCCAACAGUUGCACCACUGCAUUUUCAAUGGAUGGCAGUGUCUACCCUUCUUUGGUUGAAGAGUCUUCUUUGUUAGAGGACUCUAAGCUAUAUUGGACCCAUAGUGUGGAUUCUGUUCCUUCAUGGAGUGGUAUGCAUUCCUUGGAAGAGAUGUUCUCCAUUGGAAAUCACAAAUAAAGCACUCUCUUUCCAUCCAAAAGGGGUCUCAUUUUAUACUAUUUCUCUCUUGUUCAUGUUUCCAAGUGCCUUUAUAAAUACUUUUCAUGUCUCACUUUCUGCUCUUUCAGUGUGUGUUUUCCAUUAUCGAAUUCUUUAUUUUAAUUAUUGUUCAUUUUUCUAAUUAAUCUCCUUUCUAGCUAGGGUGUAACUUCGUUUCUUUCUUUCCUUCUUUUCCUUCUU